AAGCCAUGCUUCAUGUUCAACUGAAUUGCAGACCCGAAUGGGGGAUGUUACCACGUGACCACUCGCGUGCGUAAGUAGUCUCUUCAUCUCAAGACUUACCCAGUAGCGAACUGUCAGGGACUCUCUCAUUCUGCCAUCGUACGCUCAUGCCCGAGUAUCGGAUAAACCAUACUGAUUGAUUCUUCUGCUCAUUCAAACUAGAUGAUACCUGAUAUCCAGACCCUAUUGGGCGCCAACCCAUCCACUGAUUCCAUAACCGUGUUUCUGAAAGAUCUGGUUCAACACUCUAACACGAGCUUGACAGCUCCCGAAGUGAAAUCAUACUCGGAUGCAGUCUACUUCAACUACUAUCCCCUAGGAAUAAGCUUCCUCUAUAUCCCUCAGAAGGGGUACAAACCCACUGGGGGGCUAAAGCUCGAGGACCUUCAAGUUGAUUCACUAGUACUUGACAGCAUUAACAUCUACAACGCCCCAAAGCCUAAGGCGACCCCCGCAAAAACAACUACAUCCAGUCGAACAGCGGAGCUCGCAUUUUCUACCUAUCCCGUGUUAAAGUGGAAGCUAUCGCUCUCACCUGAGGCCUCGGCGUCCAACGAGUCGAUCGAGAUUUCGCUCACAACAAAUGGUAAAGAUUUCGUCAGCUGCCUCGGAGAACCUGAUCGGAAAGGCGGUGGUUCUGGGCCUUCAUCUGGAUCCAUUGGCAUUUGGUGUGAGUGGUCGAAGCACGGAAUUAUGGUUGAGUUUGGAGGGGAUGAAGCCAGAGGACCACAAGCCUGGGAACGUGGCAAGGAUGCCAUAUGGAGGGUUAUCACGGUAUUUCCCCCAAAGCAGGAAUAGACUCGAAGAAGGAUAAUUUUGAGUUUAGUCUCCCAUAAGCAGACCAUAGAAGCUGUGUCCCUUCUGCGUCACGAUGUGCUCGUCAAAAGCAAGCUGCCGCUGACGCAUGCAGAUCUCUGAUAGUGUGCCGCGUCCUUGCUCUCAUGAUGAUAAUCUUUUUCUCGAGCUCAGACAACACCAAGACCUGGUCCUGCGGGAAACUGUCAUUGCAUCCCCAGUUACUUGUUCCUUGGAUCGACAUUCAAUCGUUAUAAAUAAGGCUAUAGGUAGACACUGAAUGCGACGGGCUACUGCCUAGACAAACGCGGCGACCAGAGCAAGUGAGAAGAAACAAAGAGCCAUUUUCUGCUUGGAGGCAUUACUAUAUGUAGAGGUCGGAAACUAUGGAGACGCAAGGACUUAGUCUUGUGGGAAGGUUCUAAGAAACCUUAAU